AUGUCGCCAGGAGAAAUGGAUAAGAGUUCCCCCCCAGACGCGAACCCCAACGCGAGAAUCCAGUACGAAGAGUUACAGAAAUUGAAGCAAACGAAGGUGUUGCUGAGUGAGAAGCUCAUUAGGCACGACUGGUCGCAGACCCCCAACCGCGUUUUCCUAACGCUGUACAAAAAGGGCCUCCACGAAAGCGACUGCCUUUACUACGUUGAAGAGGGCCUCCUCUCACUUAUGAUUAAAAUGGAAGGUACAUAA